CUCCACACCUGCCAGAUUGACACUAGUGCAUUGGACUGCUCUUUCUAUUCAACGAAGUAUAGAUGAAGGACAGAGAAAGAAAGAGAGCGAAAGAAAAUGCCAACCACAAUUUCUGAUCAAGAUAAGACCCUGGAACUGAUUUUCUUGAUCACGAAUUUGGUGGUGGAGCUUCCAUCGGCUGUUCUUGAUCAGCUGGCCUCAGUUCACAAGCCUCGCUAUGCACUAAUCAGCUUGAUCAUGUCUUUCGUAAUCAUGCUUAUCUCUGCUCUUGAUCUUGUUCGAAUAGGUCGAAGAGGAAGAGUCAAAUGGAUGAGGAGAGGCAAGAUCAUACCUUGGUUUUACUCUUCAUAUCCAAGUUACAAGCCUCUGGGAAAAUUUGCUGAUAUUGUUGGAUUAGUUUGUAGCAUCUUCCAAUGUGCUUCUGCAGCAGUUGCUUAUGCCUUUGUAUCUCAUAAAGCUGAUACUCCUAUCAAAAUCUCAGUUUGGCCAUUAAUCUUUGCCUUUGGUGUAUUGUGUUCUAGAUUUCCAAAGAAUCCACGCCCUGAAAUUCAUCUAGAGAGUCCUGCUCGACGCACCCUGCAUGAGCUUCAGCCUUCUGAAACUCAAUUAUACUAUGAAGAUAAGAAGAAUUACAGGGAGUUUUCUGAGACUCCUAAGAAGUCCAAGAGAAAGAAGCGUGAGGAAGUAGAAAGGUUAAAGCAGCUUCAUACACUAAAGGGUCAUGUUGAAUCAGUGGCGGAACUCAGGGAACUUGACAUCGACUCCGAUGAACACUACUACUCUAUUUGAGAAGCUGCAAUUCAGAAUCAUACAUCAUUUGUACUAGUUGCUUUCACAUAGCAAAAUUCCAUUGUUCUCUUGGGUGGCUUAGGGAAGUGGUGCUCUGACUGAAAGUGCCUUGAUUCUAUGUUUCUGGCAGAGGACAUGACGCUGGUUGUGGUGAAGGUCUCUUGCUUGGCAGAAGGAAUGGGAUUGAGGAAGGCCGCAAGACUCAAAUACUUAGGGAUUGAAAACUUUGUGUGUUGUACAUAAAACCUGAGUUAGCUGUAGAAAAAAAAAAUUUAAUUGUAACAGUAUCAUAAUAUUAUUAUCAAAUUAGUUAUUGUUUUGUUUCA